AUGGCUUCUUCUUCUUUGUAUUUUCUUCUCUUUUGCUCUCUACUUCUCUUCCCCAUUUCCAUAGCCCAAUCUUCAUUCCGUACCAAAAAAUUGCUCCUACGCGUCACCAAAGACCCCUCCACCCUCCAAUACAUCACCCACAUUGCCCAAGGGACACCUCACGUCCCCGUCAAGCUAACCCUAGAUCUCAGCGGCAAACUCCUCUGGGUCGACUGCGAAAACGGCUUCAACUCCUCAACCAAAAAGCACGUCCCUUGCAACUCGGCUCGAUGCCGCCUCACAGGCAAGUUCACGGCUUGCACUACGUACCCUAACAUAGAAGGCAGCACGUGUUCGGAGACUCCGGUGAAUACGGUAGUCGGAAAGGCGGCGAGCGGUGAUUUCGUACAAGACAUCGUCUCCGUACAAUCCACCGACCGGACGAACCCAGGAAGACUUGUUUCCGUGCCAAAGUUCCUCUUCACUUGUGCCCCCACCUUCCUCUUAGAAGGCCUGGCUAAUGGCGUUAAGGGAAUGGCUGGCCUCGGAAGGGUUAAAGUUUCUCUCCCUCUUCAGUUUUCUGCGGCUUUUAGCUUUCCCAAGAAGUUCGCCCUCUGCUUGAGCUCUUCAACUACUUCUGACGGUGUCGUACUCUUCGGUAACGGGCCUUACGUCUUGAAUCCUAAAAUUGACGUCUCUAAGUCAUUGAUUUACACUCCGCUCGUUCCGGUGACAGAAAUAGGCAGUCUCACAGGUGAGAUUUCGUCCGAGUAUUUCAUCGGAGUGACGUCGAUUAAGAUCAACGACAAACCGGUCGCGUUGAACAAGACAUUGUUGUCCGUUGAUAGAGAACGACAUGGCGGAACAAAGAUCAGCACCGUUCAUCCCUACACUGUGUUGGAAACAUCCAUAUACAAUGCCGUAGUUGAUGCGUUUGUUAAAGAGCUCGGUAAUGGCGUUACGAGAGUUGCGGUGGUAUCGCCUUUCGGCGCAUGCUUUAGCUCGAAGAAUAUCGGUCACACGAGGGCUGGCCCGGCUGUGCCUCCGAUUGACCUUGUGUUGGAGAAUGAGAAAGUGGUGUGGAGGAUUCUUGGAGCCAACUCCAUGGUUAGGGUUAGUGAGGAUGUUUUGUGCCUCGGAUUCGUCGAUGGCGGUCCGAUUCACUUCGUUGAUUGGGGAGUGAAGUUCACAAGGAUGGCCAUUGUGAUUGGAGGGCAUCAGCUUGAAGACAAUCUUUUGCAAUUUGAUUUGGCAGCUUCAAGGCUUGGAUUCAGUUCCUCUCUUCUCUUGAGGCAAACAAGUUGCGCCAACUUCAACGUCACAUCUAUUGCUUGA